UCCCUCUCUCUCCCUCCCUCUCCCUCUCUCUCUCUCUCAGACCCUAAAACAGUUGGCUCGCGUGCUCUUGUCUAGUUAUAGCUCCUCGCGGAGCAGCCGAAGCCUCCUCAAUUCCUUUUCUCCUCCUCUCACCUCCUCCUCCCGCACCUCCGCACUGCGAUACCUCGAGGUGACGGCUCCCCCGUCUCUGGAGCCCAACACCCGGAGCUCAGCGUCGGCUGGCCGGUCCGGGGCACGGACACGGAGGCGUGUGUUUUUUGGCGGAGCCUCCUCAAGCCGACAAGCAGAUGCACGACACCCGGUCCCGGUGCCCCCACAGCGGACGGGGAGGCCGACGAGCAGCGCAGUAAUGGGACAGUUUUCGGGGGGAUGCUACUUGACUUUCGCCGCCACCCUCGUGCUCCUCGCUCCGCUCGUCCCGGCCACGCUGGCCAGAGGUGCCCGAGGUGAAGCCCUGCAGCAUGGCCAGUCCGGGACACUGCCCCGCUUCCUGGAGGAGCCCGUCGACGCUUACAUCGUCAAGAGCAACCCCAUCAAGCUCCAGUGUCAAGCUCGGCCCGCUCUACAAAUCUUCUUCAAGUGCAACGGUGAAUGGGUCCACCAGAGCCAGCACAUGUCUCAGGAGCACACAGACCUGGGGACAGGGCUGAAGAUCCGCGAGGUGAUGAUCAACGUGUCCCGUCAGCAGGUGGAGGACUUCCAUGGGCCGGAGGAUUACUGGUGCCUGUGCGUCGCCUGGAGUCACCUGGGAACCUCCAAGAGCCGCAAGGCAGCCGUCCGCAUCGCCUACCUGAGGAAGAACUUUGAGCAGGACCCCCAAGGCACUGAGGUGCCUAUGAAUGGCAUGAUUGUGUUGCACUGCCGUCCCCCAGAGGGAGUGCCCGUGGCUGAGGUGGAAUGGCUGAAAAACGAAGAGCCUCUAAGCUCUGAUGGUGUUAUCGAUACAAGAGGCGACCAUAAUCUCAUCAUUUCAGAUGCUCGCCUUUCUGAUUCGGGAAACUAUACCUGCAUUGCCAGCAACAUUGUGGCCAAAAGACGCAGUGCCACAGCCGCUGUUGUAGUCUAUGUGAACGGAGGGUGGUCAUCAUGGACAGACUGGUCCCCAUGUAAUGUUCGCUGCGGUCGCGGUGUGCAAAAACGUUCCCGCACUUGCACUAACCCAGCUCCGCUCAACGGGGGAGCCUUUUGCGAGGGCAUGUCAGUUCAGAAAAGCACCUGUAACACAUUGUGUCCAGUUGAUGGCAGCUGGGGAGAGUGGAGCGAAUGGUCACUGUGUAGUUCAAGCUGCGAAAGGCAGCGCAGCAGAGAGUGUACGGCCCCGGAGCCCAAACAUGGAGGACGGCUGUGUGACGGGGUGGCGCUGGCUACAGACAACUGCACCGGCGGCCUUUGCACACAGAAUCGAAAGUUGCUCCAUGAUGCAAAGCCACAAGGUGUGGAGAACAGCAGUGAUGUGGCCUUGUAUUCGGGCCUGGCAGCGGGCGUGGUGACGGUGGUGCUGCUUAUCGUCGCUGUCACGCUUUAUCGAAGAAGCCAGAGCGAGUACGGUGUUGACGUCAUCGACUCAUCCGCCCUCACCGGAGGCUUUCAGUCGUUCAGCUUUAAGACUUCUCGCCAAGCAAACCCCCUGCUGAUUAAUUCAUCCCUGCAACCUGACCUGACAGUGUCGCGCACCUACACCAGCCCCAUGUGUUUCCAGGACUCCAUCGACAAGGAGCUGAUGGCCGAGCGCUCGCUCCUCGACCCGUUACCAGAUCUCAAGGUCAAAGGGGUGGCAGAGAGGGCAGAGUACCACGUCAUGUCCCACCCUCAGACAUUUCCACGGGGCCUGGCUCCAGACUACAGAGGAGUUGCAGUGGGGACGACGCUGGGCAGGAGAAGCAAAAACCUCUUCACUCCGCAGGUCUCUCUGACUCCCAGCAGGCCUCUCCACAAAGCUACAGCAGUGUUUGGCCACACUGGAGGCAGGCUGGUGGUUCCUAACACAGGCAUCAGUCUGCUGGUGCCUCAUGGGGGGAUCGCAGAAGACACUACCUGGGAAAUGUACAUGAUCAUCAACCAGGAGGACAGCAGUACCUUGUUCGAGGACGGGCCCGAGAUCUUUUUGAGCCCUGCAGUCACGUAUGGACCACCAGGCCUCGACCUGUCCUGUCCCAUAGCCAUGACCAUAGCCCACUGUGGGGAGGUUGCCGCUGACAAUUGGACCAUUCGGCUAAAGAGACAAAUGCAGGACAACAAGUGGGAGGAAGUGAUGUCCGUGGAUGAGGAGAGCACAUCCUGCUACUGUCUGCUGGAGGCCCAGAGGUGCCACGUGUUGUUGGAGCAUCCAGGCCGCUACGCCCUGGUGGGGGAGCCACUGAACCAGGAGGUGGCCAAGCGGCUGAGGCUGGCUGUGUUUGGAAGUCUGGAUACAAGCAACUCUCUGGGCUUCACCCUCAGGGUUUACUGUGUGGACGACACGCCCCAUGCUUUUCAGGAGGUGGUGGUGGGUGAGCGCAGCAGGGGCGGGCGACUACUGGAGGAGCCGAAAAUGAUGCUGUUCAGGGGGAACACUUUCAGCCUCCAGGUUUCCAUCCAGGACGUCCCACAGUUACUCUGGAGCAUCAAACCUUUCACCACCUGCCAGGAGUUCUCCUUUUCUCAGGUGUGGGCCAGUAACCAGCGUCCCCUGCAGUGUGCCUUCUCUUUGGAGCGAUACAGCCACUCCACGUCCCAGCUCUCCUGCAAGAUCAGCGUGCGACAGGUCAAAGGUGAAGAGCAGAUACUCCAGGUCUACACGUCUGUGGUGGAGAAUGAGAAGGGAGUGGUUCCCUUCUUCACUCAGUCAGACUGCACCAUCACCUCUCAGACAGGGUCAAGGGCCUUUAAAAUCCCCCCGUCGAUCCGUCAGCGGAUCAGUGCCACCUUUGACACCGCUAAUGCCAAGGGGAAGGACUGGCAGCUCUUGGCUCAGAAGCUCCACAUAGACAGGAACCUGUGCUACUUUGCUUGUCAGGAGAGUCCCUCAUCUGUGAUUCUGAGUCUUUGGGAAGCUCAGCACCAGGACUCAGGGGAUCUGGACUCUCUGGCCAGCGCCCUGGAGGAAAUUGGCAAGGUCCAGUCCCCCACGUCCGCUACACUUGGCUGCAGCAGAGACGAGCGGGACUCUGGAUUCACGAAACUUGGAUGUAGCUGAGCUUCAGAUGGUAUCAGUCAGGUUUCCUGAAGGGAGACAACACUUCAUUCCAGCUGUGUGCACAGACCUUUUAGAGGCAGGCAGAGGGAGUAACAAAGAACUGAAGCUAGCACACUGAAUUAAUCAGAAGCGAAGCCAAAGAUGGGACUCUCCUUGGAGCGGGCACUCAGACGGGUGCUGUUCACGCCUUCAUACACGGUACAGGAAAAUAUCAAAACCCCUUUCAACAACUUAGAAGUUAUUCUAGUCGACAGAGAGCUCAAGAAGGAAAUUCAUCCUGACAACCGCCCUGUUGAGCGUCUCAACAAGGAUCAGAACGCUGCAGGAGAUGUUUGAAAGCUGAUGGUCUACUGAGAAACCAAACUACCAUUACAUAUAAAGAACUGGACUCUGAGACAUGAUGGAAAUAUCGUCCUGAAGAGAGUGGGCGUAGCCGAGGCUUUAUGGCACCACAUCACUCCAGACCACCUCGGUGCCAGUGGACGGCAGCCGUUUUUUCCGCAUAAUAGUAUAUAACAUGCUGCUCUGCACAUAUGAUCAGUGUUACACCCCGUACUCUAAUUUACAGUGAUUUCCAUUCAGGGGAGGAACCACACUUUGCUAUGCAGCUUGAAACAAACAGUUAUGAUGUUUUGAUUUACGCCGCCUCGUAAAGACUUCAUGGAGCCCAUUAUAGAGUUGACGAUUUCAUGUAGAUUUUUUAUUUUAAGGCCCUGAAAUUGGCUUUUUGGCUCAAGGCUUGGACAGAAAAGACAUAUGGU